AUGUCUUCAAGACCAUCACUUUCAUCUAUAGAGUCAGCAAACCUGGCUCCCAAGCCAGUGCCUCUACAGCCUGAGCCUUAUAGACCAAAUAGGGCUGGCUCUGUGCUGUCGUCGCUCAAUGGCUUUCUGACUCCUAACAACUUGUCUAGACUUUCUACGAGGUACAGCGUCAACGAGAUUUAUGGCGACUUGAACUCAGACGAAAUUGAAAACCAGAGAGCUUUGCAUCAAAACGAGGUGCUUCGAACUUUAUCUCGUAGAGUGCUGUUGAUGGCGUCGAAAGACCAUGUGCAUAGACCCGAGGACGAGGAAAACCAAGUCAAGGGAGAUGACUCCGAACAACACUACGAGGACAUGCCAGACACGGCUGUUCCUUCUAAGGACUUUGGUGGAGAGUUCACGGAUAUAGACCCUGAGCUUGUGGCGUGGAAUGGCCCAGACGACCCAGAGUAUCCUAGAAACUGGAGUAUGCGCAGAAAAAUGUUUCUGACGUUUAUGGUGGCUACUUAUACAUUGAUUUCUCCCAUGUCUUCCUCGGUGCUUUCCCCCGCCAUGCCUGCCAUUGCAAAAGACAUCAACCUCCAUUCCGCGGUGCUUCAGUCUUUCUGUGUCUCCAUCAUGAUUCUUGCAUGGGCGCUUGGUCCUUUGAUCAUCGCCCCCAUUUCUGAGUCCGACCGUAUUGGUCGUCGUCCAGUGCUCAACAUUUCCAUUUGGAUAACUUUCAUUUUUAACUUGGUUUGCGGUUUUGCAAAGACUCCAGCUCAACUUUGCGUUUUCCGCUUCUUGUGUGGUUUGGGCGGCUGUGCUCCCUUGAAUGUGGGUGCCGGUUGCUUGGCCGAUGUUUGGAGUGAUGGCCAGCGUCUUUUGGCCAUGGCUUUCUACUCCAUGGGUCCUCUUAUGGGGCCUGUUAUUGCUCCUGUCAUUUCUGGCUUCGUUGUGCAACGCGCCAACUGGCAAUGGUGUUUCUUUUACUUGGCCAUCUUCAACUUUGUUGUUGCGGUGAUUGGUACCUUUUUCUUUGAGGAGACUUACUCUCCUACCUUGUUGAAGAAGAAGGCUAUCAAGUUGAGAAAGUCGACCGGUAACUCCCACUUGCACACCAUUUUUGAAGUUGCCGACGGUGAAACAACCUCAAGCAAGAUCAUUGUUUCCGUUCUGAGACCUAUCUCCCUUCUUGUUGGUCACCCUAUGGUUUUUGGCCUUGGUCUCUUUAUGGCUUUCUGCUACGGCUUCAUGUACCUUCUCAUUGUCACUUACCCUUCCGUGUACAAGGGCAACUAUGGUUUCAGCGUCGAAAUCUCUGGUCUCAUGUACAUUCCCCUCGGUAUUGGUUUCAUUAUCGGCACGUUGGUUUUCACUCCAGUCAGUGACAAAAUCUACAUCAAGCUCGUUGCUGCUAACAAUGGCGUACCAAAGCCGGAGCACCGUCUUCCCAUGUUGAUUGCAAGUGGUUGCGGUAUGCCCGUUGCCCUCAUCUGGUACGGUUGGUCUGCUGAAAAGCAGUUGCACUGGAUCAUGCCAGCCAUUGGUUCCGCAAUUUUUGGUAUUUUCAUCGUGCCUGUUUUCCAAAACAUUCAAAACUAUCUUAUUGACAUGAACAAUCGUUUUGCCGCAUCGUCGGUCGCUGCUGCUGCCGUGUUCCGUUCCCUCUUUGGCUUUUCCUUCCCCUUGUUUGCCAACUUCAUGUAUGACGCCUUGGGAUACGGAUGGGGUAACACGAUGUUUGCAUUUAUCGGACUCGCCUUGGGUGUUCCCUUCCCCUUAUUCUGCUUGAAGUACGGCGAGAGUUUGAGAACAUGGGCCAACGCCAAGUUCGAUCGCCAGCAGGCCAAGAGAGACGAGAAGAACUUACAGAGAUUGCAGGCCAUGGAGGCCAAAAAAGAAAAGGAGAUGUUGGAAAAGCAACACCCUUCCGACUCUUCCACCGAGCCUCAGGAACCCGUGGCUCGGUUUAAUGAAAGGAUAUUAAAGAAGUGGAAGGACCCUUGGUUUGAGCCACGUCAGUCGGAUGAACCAGUUCCUGGGCUUGUUCCAGAUGACUCCAGCGACGACGAGGACUAUCCUGAGGAGCCAGGUACUCCACGGUACGAUUAG